AUGACCGUGACGUUGGCCUUCUUUCUACUGGAGCUGGUGCUGAAUAGCAUUGCCAAGCCUCAAUACGUGUGUCGCUUUCCCUUCUGGCUGGACCUGGCAGCAUCGUUGUCGUUGCUGCCGGAGACCUGGAUGUGGAAGCAGAUCCUGCGCUCCAAUUUCAUCGCCAGUGGGGAUGAAAGCAUCACACGUUUUCUGAUGCUGGCGGCGCGCUCCACGCGCGUCUCGCGGCUGCAGCGGCUGACGCGGCUGAUGCGCAUUGCCGCACUGCUGCCGCGGAUCACUCAGCAGCUGCAGCGGGUGAAUAGGCGCGCUGGCGGUUGCUGCGCGUCAGACGUCCCGAACCAGAGCGAAGGAAAGCGCAGGAUGCGCCUGGAGCGCCAGCGGUAG